CUCCCUCCCUCAGGCUCUGAGCCGUUUGACACCACCACUGCGGUGCCGCCCCACCGCCGCGCUGUCGCUAUGGAAACCGCGCCAUCUUGGCGGGCGCUGGGCAGGCAGAGCCCGCCGCGCCGCCCGUUGCUACGCGCCCGAGACGUAACGAGAGCGGCGGCGGCGGCGGGGGGUGUGCGCAGGCGCGCUGCACUAAGCGCCCCGGUGCGGCGGAGCCGGCGGGCGGCGCAGGCGCGGUGCGGGCAGCGGUGAGGGCUGGUGUCGGUUGCGGCGUGAGGGGCUCCACCGGGAAGAUGGACGAGUUCCAGCCGGGGGAGGAGACUUCCUUUGUUGUUGAUGAAGUCAGUGCCAUCAUUAAAGAGGCCAUUGAAGGUGCGAUAGGUGGCAAUACCUACCAGCACAGCAAGGUGAACCAGUGGACAACCAGUGUGGUGGAGCAAACGCUGAGCCAACUCACAAAGCUGGGGAAGCCUUUCAAGUAUAUUGUGACCUGUGUGAUUAUGCAAAAGAAUGGUGCUGGGCUACACACAGCAAGCUCUUGCUUCUGGGACAACUCCAGUGAUGGGACCUGCACUGUGAGAUGGGAGAAUAAGACGGUGUACUGUAUUGUCAGUGCCUUUGGACUCGCCAUCUGAUUGCCUUGGAAUCAUUCACCCUUCUCUUUUCUACUCCAGCACCUGAGUCCACCUCUACUCAAACUGUGAACACACUGAACAACUUCUGGUUUUAAUGUACUUUUUUAGUAACUUUUUUCAAAUGUAGGAAUGUGAAAACAUGCUGUUACAUGGUUUAUGUUUGUUCUUAGUAUGGUAGCAGUGUUGCCACACUGUCUUAACACUUCAAGAACUUCUCUUCAAGGUGCUAAUACUGAAAUCUGCUGCAGUGCAAACACUUUCUCUAGAUUUCUUUUUUAAGACCAAUCUAAAUGAGACACUGAUUUUCAUACUUUGUACUUUUGGUUAGCAUUAAAUUAUUGAAAUUCAUAA